AUGGCUGAAAGCGCGGGAAGUCCUGCUGCUGUGACUACAGCUAAUAGUCCACAGCAACAACAACCUCAACAACAGCAACAACAAAGCCAAACUCAAACUCAAACUCAAACAAAUGCGUCGACACAACCGCCGGAUAUUAGCAGCUCCCAACUCGCUUCUCCGCCUAUUACUGGAACAGACAUUAUUUUAAUGGAAAUUAUUUUAGCAGAUAUUUUAUUACCAACAUGCUCUAAAAAACCCUGA